AUGUCGUCUUCCCACCAGGCCUCCAAGCCUCUGCUGUUCCGUCUCCCGCUUGAGGUCAGGCUCAUGAUUUACCGCCACGCUUGGAAGGUUGAUCCCCAUCCUCAUACAAUCGAGGGAACUGGCCAACUGAAGAUUUCCUACCUGAAGCAACAGCUCCUAGCAAUUGGGACGUUGGGCGCCAUCUGCCAGCAGAUGAGGACCGAAGCUCUUGAUGAAUAUUUCCACCAUGCUCAAGCUUAUCUGCGCUGGGAUUUCUAUGGUGGAGGUAGUGGUUGCAAAUCGCCUCACAAUGUUUAUUACAAAAAACUCAUUCCGAGCUCUCCCUUGCUCCUGGCUCACCUCAGACAUGUGAGCUUCUAUUGGGACGGUGAGGGUGAAUUCAAAAGGCGAGAAAUUACAGUGAUGGAAGCAUUCUACUGGCUACAAUCUCUUAAGCAGCUCAGAACGCUUGAAGUCGUUAUCACAGGCUCAGAUUUGUCGUGCCUUGAUGGUUAUAGAUCAAAGCAGAUGUCUUUGAUCUUGGAGAAUCUACGCGGACUGGAGAAAGCAACGAUCAAGUUUGACUUUGCCGACCUUUCGCAGAGCAGAGCAGGAUUUCAUAUUGCGAGACUGAACAACAACAAGUGGUUCCUCAAGCUCAAGAGAGAGAUUAUUGAGAGUCUUGUAACACUGUCCAAGGACGGAAAACCUCCCUGCCAGGUCGUCGAGGAACACCUGGGGUGCCUCAACCCUCGUUGGAUGAAGAGAAAGUCCUCCAGAAUCUAG